CAGAUAUGACUGUGUUGCCACAUUUAUUCACGAUAUUUCCUUGAAUUUAUAUUAGGAACCUUCUCAUUUUGGGAUUAGCCGACAACGUUUGGCUCUUAAUGGUCAGGCGUACAACUAUAUUUGGAAAUGUCAAGUCGAAAAAAUUAAAUUUUGGGAGGGGACUUCCUACCACUAUCGAAGGGCCAUCUUCUUCUGUUCCGCUAGUGCGAGAAGACCUGAAAUUUUCCUCCUUUUUUGCCUGGGGCAUCUUCGUUGGAUUGUGGAAGAAAAUUUCAUAGAUAAUUUCCUGGGUCAUUCCUGUUGUGAGUGCGUAGCAUCUUUUUUUUGUCUACCCUUGGACCCCAGAAAUUCUACAAUUUGUAGGAUCUUAUUGUCUUCAGCCGCACUUUUCGCCAGACGGAACCAUGUGAAAAACCCUACCCGACAUCAUCUAGGGUUUUUAUUUUGGGGGAAUCUUCGCUACUGGAGAUCCAUUGACACGUUUUCUACCGCGGACCUCUUUUCCGAACAGAGACCCUUUUUCCACCAUAGGGAUUCUUACGUCAUCGGUUUUGAAGCCUUCUUCGCCCAUUUUAAAUUAGUUAGUCAAUAAGCUUUCGCAUUAAGGGAGAUCUCCUAGUUUGGCUGGCUUAAAUUUUUGUUGUUAGCUGUUAGUAGAUGUAAUAAAAUGUAUUGAUGUUAAUUUUAGCAAUUAUUUACCCACACAGAAAAUCGAUUGUUUGUAUGUAUUU